GGAGAAUAAGCGGCCAACCGUUGAGAGGAGGUUUUAUCCGGGAGGAGGGAAAGAGGCGGCUCCUCGCAAAACUUUGCACCGACUUCAGUUCGCCCCUCCCUGGCUGCCGCCAGGCAUUUAUACCCAUGCGAAAAGGCUGCAGCGCACAGUGAAGCACUCUGGCUCCGCGCUUCUCGAGGGGAGGACAUAAAGCCACCUACGACUCCACAAUACCAAACCUACCCCCUCCGUUUUUUUUUUUCUCGUAUCCUCCUCCAUCUUCGGCGGACUUAAAACUGCACACAAACUUUUAAAGGCAGCUUUUCCUCAACCAAAACCAGUCGUGGCACAAACUAACGCUUCUGCACGUCGCGUUCAAGGAUCCCGCUCGGUCCUCCAUGAAAGACGGAGUGCGGCAGCAAGCCUGGGGAAAAGACAUGUCUGCGACCGUCUUGUCUGCGUUCUACGACAUGGACAUGCUCUACAAGCAGCAAGAUAAAAGCUUGAACAUGAACGCCCUCCACAUCAACAGCAUGCUGGACAAGAAAGCGGUCGGGGCUCCGGUCACGUCUCCGGGCUCCGGCCCUUUCUCUCCGGGAUUUUUCCGCAGAAACUCAACGAGCAACUUGGAGGCAAUGAACAACGGCAACAAAUACUCGAUGGGCUCCUACGGCAGCCUGAAGGAGAACACGCCCGGCGGCAACAGCAGCGCCACGGCCCUCAUGAACAAGGAGAACAAGUUCCGCGACCGCGCGUACAGCGACAACGGAGACCGGGGCGUGCUGCAGCAGAAGCCCGGCUCUCAAAUCAACUCCACCCGCUACAAGACCGAGCUCUGCCGGCCCUUCGAGGAGAACGGGUCGUGCAAGUACGGGGAGAAAUGUCAGUUCGCGCACGGCUACCACGAGUUGAGGAGCUUGUCCCGCCACCCCAAGUACAAAACGGAGCCGUGUCGCACCUUCCACACCAUCGGUUUCUGCCCCUACGGUCCCCGGUGUCACUUUAUCCACAACGCCGACGAGCGCCGGCCGGCCCCGGCCACCAACGUGAACAUGCAGCUGAGUGAGUCCCGGUCGGUUCGCGACCUGUGCAGCUACGGCCAGCGGGACUCCCUGCCGCCGCAGCUCGGCUACACCCAGAGGGACAGACCAAAGCUUCACCACAGCCUCAGCUUCUCCGGCUUCUCCAGCCACCACGGACUCGAGUCCCCCCUGCUGGACAGCCCCAUGUCGCGGACCCCACCGCCGGCCACCACCGCCUCCUCCUCCUGCACCUCCACCUCGAGCUUCUACGAGGACGUGCUCUCUCCCAACUCCAUGUCCUGCAUCAACAGUGCCUUCUCCUUCCCUGGGCAGGACUUAAAAGCCUUGCUGGCCCCGCUGGCCGUGCACACCCCGAGCGGGUACGCCAACAACCACUCCACCGGCGCCUACUACGGGAACAUGCAGGGCGGCGCCUGCCCGCCCUCCCCGCCGACGUACAACAUGAGCCACUUGCAGGCGCUGCGCCGCCUCAGCGAGUCGCCGGUGUUCGAGCUUCCUCCCAGCCCGCCCGACUCGCUCUCCGACCGGGAGAGCUACGCGAGCGGGUCCCUCAGCUCUUCCGGGAGCCUCAGCGGCUCCGAGUCCCCGAGUCUGGACGCUGGGAGGCGUUUGCCAAUCUUCAGCAGGCUGUCGAUUUCAGAUGACUAAUCGUUCUAUAUAUUUUUCCCCUGUUUUUCUUUUCUUAUGUUUUUCUUUCAUAUGGAUUUAUGGACUGGUCUGGCAGGGUGCUGGGUGUCAGUGAGUGACGUAGCCUGUCCUCCAAGCAGAGGGCCCGGGUUUAGCAAGCCGCCCUGCCGAAGUGCCUUUCGAGUAAGACAUUGAAUCCCUAACCUGAGCCCCCUGGAGGGGGGCCGAGAGUAGAGCCCUGCGCCCGCAGGGAUCAAUAAAGCUUCAGACAUUUAAGUGUCCUUGGCCUGGCAUUAGUUUAGCAUUCUUUUUUUCUUCUUCUUCUUCAUGUAUGUAAUAUAGCUGUAUUAAAACUUAGAUAGCAAACAGAAGGCAUUCCAUCAGUGCCUUGCCCUAGGGCUUCACGGCAGCCCCCCCCCCUCCCAUUUUUUUGCUCUAUCAGGCAAGCCCCACUUUUUUCCUGGGAUUAGAUGUGUGGGUUAACAUGACUUGACAAGAAGAAGAGACUGUUGGCGGUUUUUCAGAUUUCCUCCUCUCCUGCCAAGAAUAUGCCUUUGACUCAAAGUAACAUGUUUUUUUUGUUGUUGUUCGAAGUGUGUUUUUUUCUUUUCUCUGAAAGCUUCAACUUCCAUUCCAGAUCUGUCUUCUCGCAGCGCCACCCAGUGGUUCGUUUGGUUGGUCUAGUUCGUUGCUUGGAUGAAAGCACUCUUGAGUUGGGUUUGUUUGGGGAAAUCACUGCUGAUGGUUGAAUAUAUUUUUUUAGCUGUUUUUGAGUGAUAUACAUAGCUGUGCAUAACUGGCUAUGGACUAUUUAACUUAUUUAUUAUCUUGUGAAAAACGUAUAGGCUACAUUGAUAAUUUGUGUCCAUACUGUAUUUAUCAAGUAUGAUGAAGCAAUAGAUCUAUAUUCUUUUAUGUUUAAAUUAUGGUCGCCAUUAUUAAUCUGCAUAAAGUGGAGUGUAUGUUCUUUUCACAGUAAUAUAUAUAUUUUGUUUUUUCUCUUUUUGUAACUUCACUUGGUUAUUUUUUAUUGUAAAUGAGUUUAAAAAAAAAAAUCUUAAUUUAAGAGAACGUCUGUGAUAUUUAUUUCAUUCAUUUUGUUUCCCUGUUUACGUUUUUAUUAAAAAGUUUGCGUGAUUGCUGUUUGCUCCCGAGGUUGUGUGUCAGUGCUGUAGAAGACUUUUUUUUUUUUUGUUGGAGGAUCCCUAUUUAGAUGUUUCCGUAGAAUGUAUACACAAUGGUUGUACAGACCGUCCAAACCUUAUUUUUGUCGAUCUAGAUCAGACUUCAGUGACAAAGAACCCAAGUCAAUAAAUCAACCAAAAUGUAUUUCAAUUUUUUUCCGUUUUCUCUGUUUGCACGAGGUCACACUGUGAUUCCAGCCACGUGCUAAAGAAUGUAGCAAUCCCUCGUGCCCCAGUGUUAUUGUGUAGUGCCUAUAUGGGGUCACCAUCUUGACAUGCCUUAAAAUUAACCAAAUAAAGUAUUUUUCCUAAAUGGCA